AUGUAUGGAUGCUCUGCGGCAGCCGUGAUGAUGUGCAACUUGGCAAGCUUCUCGAAUUUGUUUCAGAUGGUUGGAAUUCCUGAAUUGGGCGUGGGUGAGGUGGGGCGCGUAGGGCGCAAGGAUAAGACGGUCGAGAGUCUUGGUCGGGCGGCGAUUGGAAAUGCAGCAUGGUCGGGUUGGUGA